AUCCCAAUCGGAAGGGAAGGACACGGCAGCCAUUGUGGUUGUUAGUGUCGUAGGGAAGAAGUCACGGCACCGAAAUCUGGACACUUUCUAGCCGAAACGUGGACAUUUUUGUGAUGUUUUAACCGUCCCGAGAGACUUAGAAACUUUCUGGACACCAGGAACUAUCUUACAGUCGGUGUGAAGAUGGUUGUAGCGGAGGAAAGGACGUUUGUGUACGGGUUGGUGGUGCUGUUGUGUGUUAUGUUAUGGUUCGGCUCGGCGCAGUGCAUGAGGGUCGGGGAGGACGCCGCUACCGAGUACACCAAAGCCUUCGUUAACGUGACCUACAGGGACCCCUCCACCAACAAAAUCCACUCGGAGAAGGACGAGGGCGGCGUGUACGGGAACAACAGCCCGACCAUCGAGGCGCGCGGCAUCGUGGUGAACGUGGGGAACGCCUGCCAGCCGCUGCGCCACAUCACACCGCCCAAGACCCAGUGGAUCGCCCUGGUCGUCCGCGGGAUCUGCGACUUCAAGGUCAAGAUCAACUACGCCAAGAACCUGAACGCCACCGCCGUGGUCGUCUACAACAACCAGCCGUCUCUGCCUGAAACCAUGGAUCAUAAGGGUACUGGAAACAUUGUGGCCAUCAUGAUCUCCCGAGCCAAGGGUCUGGAGAUCGUGACCCUGCUGGAGAACGGCACCCAGGUCAUGAUGCACAUCACCAUGGGAACCCACACCCGCUACAAGGUCAUCGACAAGACCUCCGUCCUCUUUGUCUCCAUCUCCUUCAUCGUGCUGAUGAUCAUCUCCCUCGCCUGGCUCGUCUUCUACUACAUCCAGCGAUUCCGCUACGCACAUGCCCGCGACCGCUCACAGCGGCGUUUUGCGAUUGUGGCCAAGAAGGCGAUCACAAAAAUCCCAGUGAAGACAAUACGGAAAGGGGACAAGGAGGUGGAGUGGGAGCAUGACAGCUGUGCCGUGUGCAUCGAUAACUACCAGCCUUCUGAUGUGGUGCGGGUUCUCCCCUGCAAGCAUAUAUUCCACAAGCUGUGUGUGGACCCCUGGCUGAUCGAGCACAGAACUUGCCCCAUGUGUAAGCUAAACAUACUGAAGGCCCUGGGUUAUCUGGUCCCCAGCAGCACAGAGAGCCUGAACAUCGACGUGGAGGCGACCACCACCAACGGUUCCUUCCUGGGGAAUGACACGGAGGACGAGUCAGUGGACCAGGACUCCGCCUGGAACAACAUCGUCACCGUGGCGCUGCCGCCGCCCAACCCGCCGUCCACGCAGGAGGACCAGCCCGCGCCGCAGAGUACGGAGACGGACGACGAGCAGCCUCCUGCCGCGGGGAUGUCUGAAACUGGCACAGAGAUGACAGAGAGAUUACCUGCCGGAGGAGCGGAGCAGGGGAGUGGCUCCGAGGGGAGCCAGAGUUCUCCGACUGACCAGCCGGCUGCAGACGGCAACUCCGACCGCGGCGUGACCGUGUGACCUCAGUAAGACUCGCGUAGGAGGAGGAGUGGGGUUACACAUUCUACCCACACUCUCCUUGUCAAGUGUACAAGAAUGUGUUACGAAGCUGUCUAUGAGCUAUCCUAUUAACUGGUGUUUUUGUUUUUUGGAACAUUGCUGUGUAUGGAGGUGAAAGAAAGACCAAACCUUCUCAUUCUCCUGGCAUGGACUAGUUCAAUAAUAUGCAGAUUAUACUCGAAGCCAUCUAAAGAAUAGCCAUAGAUAUAGCUACUGUAAGCCAUCUAAACAAUAGCCAUAGAUAUAGCUACUGAUACACUUGAAUCUAUCGCCAAAAGAGACAACAAACAUCAGUUGAAAAGUUAAAGGAAUGCAUUUUCUAAGUCGACCUAAAGUAAUAUUCCAUAGUAGUGAAGAAACAUCAAAAGUGAUGAGAAGUAUAUAUAUAAAUAUAUCUUUCAGAGGUCUCCUGUGUUUAUUUGACAAGAGGGUAGGUAAUUAACAGUGACACAACUAAUGUGAGAAGCACCAGCUUUGUUUCUGUUUCAGAUUAGAAAGUUGUCAAUCACAUACCAACACGUUAAAUUAAAAGAUUAAAAUAAAUGUUUUUCAAAGUAAAUAGUGAAAUAAAUGUAUUUGUUUCUUGCUUGUUUACAGGGUAAUUUCAGUUCGUAAGGUGUGGUUUAGAAGAAUGAUUCAGGCAGCUCCUUUCCUGGUCAUUUGUGUGUGUUUGAUAAAUCACAGAAAAGUGCUUAUUGGUCCAGACUGUGGUAAUGUUAGUGCCAAACAUAUGUUCCAUACAGCAUGUCAUCCGGGAUUGUUUGUACAGAAAAUCUGUGAUAUUUGUUUGUGAUGUAGACUGGACAUUGCAUUUCUCUCCCUAAAAAAGGUAUUCAUGUACGAAUAACUCUAGUGCAUUUUCAUGUCUAUUUAUCUUAGAAAGACAUAUCUAAGUAAAAAUAUAUAAUAGCAUGUAGGGUUGGCUUUAAUUGACAGUACUGGGAAGAACAAGGAAGACAAAUUCACACCUUUACUCCCGGAAAUGCCAAAAUUAUCCAUCGACUAGUCCAAGGUAUGCUUGUCAACUUGUGAAGGUAGUGGACUGAGGUGUACUUAAGUUGAUGUGUGUUGUCACGUUUUGACGGAUAACUUAACAUCCACAAAAUAGUGUAGUCAAAGAAAUUGGAAAGAUAAAGCAUAAAAACAUAGCCAAAAACAGAGGUGGACCAUGUAUGUAUUUGGUAUUGAUCUUAGUCCUGGAUGGUUUGAGUAAAGCCUUGGAGGUUUAGCUUUGUAAAGUGUGUAUGUACAAACAAAGUUGUUAUUGUUAUAUACAGUCAGUGUAGACAAAUUUGAUGAAAACUGUGACAUCUAAAACUGCACUGCCAUGCACAUCACAGCUUGGCAAGUAUGGUAUGGUAGAUUUGAUGAUAGAAGCUUACAGGGUAAGGCGAUAAAUAUAUCCUUAGGGGAUUAAUUAAAUCAGAUGUACUGUAAUCAUAUCUGAGAAGUCUAUACAGCAGAGAGCUAUUUUUAAAUUUUUUUCAGAGAGAUGUAGAGGGUUGUUGGUGGUUCAUUUGUGUUGCCAACUAUAUAAAUCAAGCUUCAGGAAUUAUCUCUGUGACUAACUACACUACUCUUUUGUUUUUUCAUCUUUAUAAAAGAAUAGGGUACUUCUGGCAGUUUUCUAGUGUUCGUCCCUCACCAAGCAUUCAGUAAAGUGACUGGGACGCAACAUUAAAUUUUCAUUCCUUUGCUUGUUUUGAACAUGGUUGGCAGCAUUAUUUGAGGAAGUUUAGUUGAAGCUGUGAGCCGUUGAGAAGUAAUUAUUUUGUAUAGAGAUUACAUAUAUAAAUGAUAACUACUAGUAGAAUUGUUUAUCAUGGUUGAAUAUUCGUGGCAGAAAACUUGACGGUCCAAUGACAGCAGGGUAUACAGGAUCAGUCCAUCACACAAGAGGGAGGGGCAGGAUUGCCACACAUGGUUGAAUUAUAGGAUGAUGUAAUAUGGUUUGCUGUGAUGGACACCUGUCACCUGGCUUGAGGGAUGUGACUGCAUAAUUAUAAGCUGAUUGACGUGUCAUUCAGUGUUAGUUUGGCUGUGCAGCACUGGCGGCUGCACAUUUCUGUGUACUAUGUUGAGCUUGAGAAAUGUGGCAAAAGGUUAGGCCAAACCAAUUUGAUGUACUUUAAAUCUAGAUAUUUCACGAUAGAAUCCUUGAUGUAAGUCAUUGUAAUGCCGAAUUGGCAUUGGAAUUAAUUUCUUUUCAACCUAAAAAGGAUGUUAAAUAAAAAUCAGAUUUGUCAAGUCUCAUCUCAGCAACUGUGCCCUACCUGAUCCUAGAUGUAGAUAUGUUUAAUAGGGGAAGCUUGUGCAUUAUUUUGAUAUAAUAUAUAACAUUAUGAUCCUAGACUUGGUAGCCAUACAGUGCUGGAUGCUAAGGUGGUAACUGCUAUACGCUGGGAUAGAAUGUAGAAAUUGCUAGUAUAAACUAUAUCUUAUGUGACAGGUAGGGGAAGAUGUUACAAUGAAUAUCUGGAUUUGAGACUUUUGAAAUCAAGAUCAUUGUGAAAAAGCUCAUUGAAGUUUGACAACUCGAACUGUUUGCCUCUACAAGUGGUUCGGUGUUGUUUGGUGUUCAUGUAACGUUACAGGCCACCACAGGCUCUGUGAUGAAAAAAAAAUUGCUUUUUGUCACAGCUACAUCCUGUGUCAGAUGAUAUAGUGCUGUACAAUUGUAUACAAGUAUGUUCACGUCAGUUCAGAUGUACAUUUGAUAAAUUUUGUGCUGUGCAUCUUCACCCCCACCCUUACCAUUGUGGCCACCUACAUAUAUCUUGAGAAUGUGUUAAAAAAUUCUAUUGUACAUGUAAAUAAUAAUGUUCAUGUAAUGCUAUAGGUCUUUGAACGUGUAGAGCAAGUAGUCAACUUAUUCCACCUGAGAUGGUGUUGAUGUCAUGAAGAACUAUCUCGAAGUGACUAGCAGAAAUACUAUUGUAGGCAUGUAAACAAAAGCACCAAAUAGUAUAUGUGAUUGCUUCUAAAUUAGGAGCUUAUUUUUGUGCACAAAGGCAAUAAAUAAUCAGCACUGAAA